GGUAAAAGUGGAACAAGAGAAUUACUGUGGUCCUGGGCCCAGAAAAACAAGACCAUCGGUGACCUUUUACAGAUUCUCCAGGACAUGGAGCAUCAUCGAGCCGUUCAUUUAAUUAUGAAGCAUGGAACAGGCUUGCAUCCUUUAAAGCGGAGCCGUCAGGAAUAUGGAUUUCCAAACAUACCAGCCAAGGAAACAGCCAGUGUCGUAGUGGAUAAUGUUCCUAUUCCUGAACAUAAUGAAAAAGGAAUGUUGCUUAAGUCCCCCAUCAGCUUUCAAAACAUCGUAGAAGGAACCAGAGAUUUCCACAGAGACUUCCUGAUUGGUGAAGGGGAGAUUUUCGAGGUAUACAAGGUGGAGAUUCGAAACCAAAUAUAUGCUGUUAAAUUAUUUAAACAGGAGAAAAAAAUGCAGUAUAAGAAACAUUUGAAGAAAUUUUUAUCUGAGCUUGAAGUUUUACUACUGUUUCACCAUCCAAACAUACUAGAAUUGGCUGCGUAUUUUACAGAGACUGAGAAGUUCUGUCUGGUUUAUCCAUAUAUGAGAAACGGAACACUUUUUGACAAAUUACAGUGUGUCGGUAACAUGGCCCCGCUCUCUUGGCACGUUCGAAUCAGUAUAUUAAUUGGUGUAUCCAAAGCUGUCUGGUAUUUGCACAGUACUCAGCCGUGCUCAGUCAUCUGUGGCACUAUAUCCAGUGCAAAUAUACUUUUGGAUGAUCAGUUUCAACCCAAACUAACUGAUUUUGCCAUGGCACACUUCCGACACCACCUGGAACAGCAGAGUUCUACUAUAAAUGUGACUAGCGGCAGCAGUAAACAUCUAUGGUACAUGCCAGAAGAGUAUAUCAGACAGGGAAAACUUUCCACGAAAACAGACAUCUACAGCUUUGGAAUUGUAAUAAUGGAAGUUCUAACAGGUUGUAAAGUGGUGUUAGAUGAUCCUAAACAUAUUCAGCUGCGGGAUCUCAUUAUGGAAUUGAUGGAGAAGAGAGGCCUCGAUUCGUGUCUGUCAUUUCUAGAUAAGAAAGUAUAUCCCUGUCCUCGGAACUUCUCUGCUAAGCUCUUCUCUUUGGCAGGCCAGUGUGCUGCAACUCGGGCAAAGUUAAGACCAUCAAUGGAUGAAGUCCUAAAUGCUCUUGAAAGCACUCAAGCCAGCUUAUAUUUUGCAGAAGACCCGCCCACAUCACUAAAGUCCUUCAGGUUUCCUUCUCCUGUAUUCUUGGAUAAUGUACCGAGCAUUCCAGUAGAAGAUGACGAAAACCAGAAUAAUCAUUCACUGCCUCGUGACGAAGGCUUGAGGAAAGAUAGAAUGACUCCAAAUAUUCCUUUUGAAUGUAGCCAGUCUGAGGUUACAUUUCUGGGCUUGGACAGAAAGACAGGGAGUAAGAGAAAUGAAGAUGCUUACAACAUGCUCAGUUUUCCUUGCAAGAAAAGUUGGUCCCCGGAGCAUACAGCUUCAUCCCAGGACAUACAGGUCACUGCAGUAAAUUUGGACUCUUCCUUUGAAACCUCAAGCCAUUCUUAUGGCUUGCAGAAGCAGACCAGUGAAGAUUAGCUGCCCCUCUGGAAUAAACAUGAACAGUAUAUAUAUAUAGACAUGGGAGUAAAUGUCAGCAGAAGACAAAGAAGAAUGCAAGUGUUGUUGAGAUGCCUAUGUAAAGGGUAUCACCUGGGGGAAAACAUGCUCUCCAUAAGUAACGCUUGGAGAAUGACCAGUGAUACAUUUGGGUUAUGCAGAUAAUAAGGACAGUUCCAUUCUUUCCCAACCUAACACAGAGUGACUUAACUUAAGCAGAUGUUUUGUCAGAGUAACUGCCUCCUGAUCAUACAAAUUAGUCAUUCACAGUGCGAUCUGACAUCAGCCAAACAAAACAAUCAAAACCUACCAAAGAGAAGCUGGUUCAUCAUGUCCAGUAUCACCCAAAUGAAUCCUCAGAGCCCUCUCUGCCAAGGAUGUUCAGUCCUACCCAAGAUCUAUCUGUAUUUCUGUAUUUAAAUUGUUAGGAUAGUUUAUUACCUAUAAUUUAGUUGUUGACUAUUACUGCUUAUUUUACUAACUCAGAGACCUAUUAUAUCCUGAGUAGAAGUUAUGACAUUUUAAUUAAGUAAUUGUUGCUAGGAAGAUAACUGGUCACAAGAGUCUAGGUCAGCUUUUUUUGAGUUCUAUUCUGUGCCUUCCAACAGUGUGAUUUUACUCCUGCUGUGAUUUUGGAUCUCCCCUCUUGAAAUCCUAAUCAAUUGUCAAGCUCUAAAAAACUGUCAUCCCCCAGGAAACCUCCUUAAUCUCUCCAGCCAGAAGUGUUCAAUUUAUCAGCAUUUCCGUAGCAACUUAUUUGUAUUUCUGUUUUAUGCUUGUCAUUUUCUGAAUUAUAUCAAAGUUGCUUGUGUCAUCCUUUGUCUUUUACUAGCCUGUGAAUUCCUUAUACUGUAUUCCUUUUCUAUUGUUGUAGCAAAUUAUCACAAAUUUAGUGGUGUAAAAAUAUCUCAGCUCUAGAGGUCCAAAGUCCUUGGCAUUCCUUCUGGAGACCCCAGUAAGCCACCUGCAUUUCUCAGCUCAGGGCCUCUUCCCAUUAAAAUGACCUAGAAGACUUGGUAAAAGCAUGGCCUCACUCACUGACUGAUCAUUCAUUCUGAGGUUAGAAAUUGGCUAACGGAUUCCCAAGGUGGUCCUCAGACUGCUGAGGUGAAGCCCACGGAGAACCACUGCCUUAACAUUUUCUCACAUUCUUAUAUAUUGGCAGAUUCUACCAUACAUUUUAUGAGAAAAAUAUCACUUCUUUUUUUUUCCAUUCUCAUUGUUUUACCUAGGAUAUUGGUUAGCUUGGAGUGGAAGCUCUAGAGAUGUUGUUUACUAAUGAUCUUAUUAAUGAUAUCACCUUUCUACAGUGUCUAUUUUGCACUUCUAAAGACUAAGUCAGAUGAACUGGCAGUGAUCUGAUUAACGAUAUGCAGAUGCUACUGUGGCUGAAAAGUACAUAAAUCUUCCACUGAAUGAUCCAGACCUGCUGACUAGAUUUAGCUUCUAGUGGGUGCAUGUUAAUUGAUAGAAAUAAAUCUUGCAACCUGCUAUAGGUAAUCAGAGGGUACCUUCAUGGCUUCCUGAUGUGGAAACUAAGAUGCAUGAGGAAACAAGAGUGAACUUCUAGCCUCUGGUCAGCAAACAUGAAUUUGUGCUUCUAAUCAUAAAGAGUAACCUCAGCUAGUCAGGAGACUGAGGCAGAAGGAUAUUAAAUUUGAGAUGAUUCUGGGCAAUUUAGCCAGACUCUGUCUCAAAAUAAAAUAUACAAAGUGUAGCCGGUGAGGCUCAGCAGUAGACCCACUGCCUAACAUGCUUGAACCCCUAAGUUCCAUCCUCAGCACCACAAAAGUAAAAUAAAAAUAAUUCCCUUAUCUCCAUGCUUUGCAUAACAUGGACCAUUGUCCAGGCAGAUCCUGUUUUCUAUGCUUCUUUAGAGUUUUUGUCCUGUCUCAUAAUUACCUAAAACAUGGAGAAAAUAUUUUGUUGUUUUAAAAAUAGCUAUGGAAUUUCUGACAUAAUUAAUUUUAUUGACUUUUUAAGUGUUGUGAUGAUCUGUGACUUACUGAAUAAUAGUAUAGUUUUUAUGGGUUGGUACACCAGCCUGUGUAGGACCACUUUUAAGACCCAUGGUCCAGUGAGGCUAGGAUAUGAGGUUUAUCACUAGUGGCAUUUGCUAAGCUUUUACUGAUCCUUUAGAAUAGGUACUGUGUUUGUUAGCUAGCAAGUUGGGAUCCAAGUAAGGAGCAGCUUAGUAAGCAGGAGAAUGUCUACUCAAGGUACCUAUUUGGUGACAUCUCUUAUUUUUGCGAUACACCAAUGGAACAGAAAGUAAAUGCUGAAAGGUAGAGGAUAAGAAGUAGUUACUAUACACUUUUGAGAAGGUGAACAAGGCUUCUUGGAGAUCAUACUGAGAAGAGAGAAAGGACUAAGAGAAAUAGAGAAGACCAAUUAAGAAGCACUUCACAGUGAUUGUCCCUGGAAUGGGGGUGCGACCUUUCCAUCUCCAGGCUGGAAGAAUGGGUGAGAGUGAUGGGAACUGGAUGUGGAGCUUUGGAUGUGUGUUUAUGCUUAGUCCUUACAGCUACCCUUGAAGAUGUGAAUGUCACCUCAUGAUUGAAGAGACUGACUUACUAAGUAAGGUACUCCCAGAUUUGGAAAAGUUAGCAAGAUUGGAACCCACUUUUGUCAGACUCCAAAGCCUGUGAUCUUGAAUUCCACAUUGCACAAAAGCACCACAGGGAGUUCAAGCUUAUGCAAGUGGAUAUGAAAAGUGAUUUGUCAUUUGUAGUAGGCCUACGAGGCUUGCCAUCACUUCUGUUUUUCAGUAUCCUGCUCCUCUGCUAGAGGCAUGUACUUCUGCAGUCAUUUGAUGGGACUUAAGUAAAUCCACCCAUCCAUCGAUUCAUUGAAUAAAUAAUCAGUAGCCUCCUCUGUGUCAGGCACUGUUGUAGGAGUGAAAGUCAAAACCAACAUAGAUCUCAUCCUUAUGGAACUUAUACUUGAGUGAAUAGAUCUCGGCAUGUUCUCCAUUUACAGGUACCUUCUUCUCUGUGAGCUUUUCCUAAUGGAUUCAGACAAGUUUCCUCCUUUUCUGUUGUGUAACUCAUAAUCUCAGAGUGCCCUCUUGCCUUGCUGCUAGUGUGCUCAAAGCAUUGUAUGGCAUGUUUUGUGCCAAUGAUGACAGGCCCUAUUUUUCUAUUAAAAUUUCUCCAAGGUAUUUAUUUGGCUACUGGUGGAAUCUUCAGCAUGCUUUUUCUGUGCAUCUGGUGUCCUACCCAAAUCUCACCUCCCUAAUGCAUAAUGCUGGAAAUGUCUAGAAUUAUUUUUCUUUUACAAAAUUGAAAGUUUGCUGGGGACAAAGGCUGUGUGCUGUGUAUUUUUGUAUCCUUAUUGGAUAGCAUUCUAGCUGGAAUGCAGUAUGGCCUGAUAAGUAUUUGUAAAAUGAGUGAAUCAAAUGUUUCUUCAAAACAUCUUCAAACCCACUGGUACGUACCAGUGAUGGUGAACCUGUGGUACACAGGCUGCAGCAGGCUGAUGUUACUGAAAGCUCUAAAAAGUUUGCCAUCACUGGUACUUACUGUAUCAAAACUAUAACCUGAAUUGCACCCAGUUUUUCUUUCUAGUAUCCAUAAUAUCCAUUUCACCAUUCUUGGGUGAAAGUUAUUAAUUUCAAAUAUUAAGAGGAAUUCAACCUCGAGUAUGUUGCAAACAAAUUUACCCUGUAGUGGAAAAUAUUCCCAAACCAUGUUAAGCAAUGAUAAACCAGUACUUUGGCAGGGAAUGAACUGCUGUUUGUUGUGUUUUGUUCCUGUCUUUUUGUCACAAACUAUUUAUAUUUGAUUGUCUGUGGGUUUGACAUACAAAUAUUUUUUGAGAGGCAUUUUUAUGCCAAAGAACUUUAUUGCCUGCCAAAUUUAUGAGCCUUUUUAUGGAUGUUAUCUACCAUGUUAUAAACUUUUGCAGUUAUCUCUAUAAAUACCAAGAGACUAUUUAAAGUUUUUCUUUGGUUCCUUAAUUUUAAAAUGUUUUCAGAAACCAACAUUAACAGGAACAGAAGGGAACAGGGUAAAAAGAGCUUAUUUGCAGAAGAUGCAGAAUCAGUUAUCACUGUUAUAUGCAGUAGUGUAUGGGGUACCAUUUAAGCUUUAAACAACCUAUUGAGCUAGAUUCUGCUACUAUGGAACCAACCAGAAUGAGUCUAGAGGGUCACUCCUGUCGUGAGUCACACUACUGUUGGUGUGGGAACGCAAACUGAAGACGCUUCAGUCAAAUUCAAGAAGUAUCUUCCCUGAAGAAGAGUAACAGAAACUAAAAGUAUCUCCUGUUUAAAAAUGAAAACAGCCAAUAAGUAUUAGUGUGAUUGCCAUCUUAUUCUUAAUCUUGUUCUCGGAGAGUGACAAAGAAUAAAGCAGUUGAGAAUAUGAGCCAAGCAGCAUCCUUGUUCACUGUUGGCUGGCAUGAAAGUUGAUACAGCCUUUCUAGCAAACAAUUUGUCAAUAUAUAGCAAAACUUUUACUCAGCAGUUUCUUUAUGAAUUUAUCUCAGUAAGAAUUGCACAGCUGUGGAAAUACGAGCCCAAAGAGGUACUUCAUGCUGCUGUGACAUUAAAACAUUGGAAAUAACCUAAAUAUCCACAAUAGAAAAUGAGUUAAAUAAAUUGCAACACAUUUAUGUAAUUAAAUGGUAUGCAACUGGCAUUAAAAUUUCUUAGGUUUAUAUUUAUUGCUAUGGAAAUCUGUCUAUGAAAUAUUAUUGAGUGAAAAAGCAGAUUAAAGAAUAGCAUGUUUAAUAAGAACCCACUUAAUAUUGGGUAUUUUAAUAUAAUACAUGUUUAUGUUUUACA